AACAAUAUGCCUAAGCAAGUAGAAGUCCGGAUGCAUGAAAGUCAUUUAAAUCCAGUGGAGCACAGAUCCAGGAACAUAUGUGUGCAGUUCUGCCAGUCCCUCCACAGGAAUCUGCUCCUGACUCUCACUGUGUUUGGUGUUAUCCUGGGUGCAGUUUGUGGGGGUCUUCUUCGUCUAGCAACACCUAUUGACCCUGACAUCAUCAUGUUAAUAGCCUUCCCAGGAGAUAUCCUUAUGCGGAUGCUAAAAAUGCUGAUCCUCCCUUUAAUUAUCUCCAGUUUAAUCACAGGACUGUCUGGAUUAGAUGCUAAAGCAAGUGGCCGGCUGGGAACAAGGGCCAUGGUGUACUACAUGUCCACCACUAUUAUUGCUGCUGUGCUGGGUGUGAUUCUGGUUUUAGCCAUCCAUCCAGGGAAUCCAAAACUCAAGAAACAGCUUGGUCAAGGGAAAAAGAAUGAUGAAGUAUCUAGUCUGGAUGCCUUCUUGGAUUUGAUCCGAAACUUGUUCCCUGAAAAUCUGGUUCAAGCAUGCUUUCAGCAGAUCCAAACAGUCACAAAGAAAGUGCUGGUGCCACUACCUGUUGAAGAGCCACCUAAUGUCACUGAUUCUGCUAUUGCUAUGGUGAAUGAGACAGCACCACCUGAAGCCCAAAUGGUUAUUAAGAAGGGACUUGAAUUUAAGGAUGGCAUGAAUGUCCUGGGUUUGAUAGGAUUCUUUAUUGCUUUUGGCAUCGCUAUGGGGAAAAUGGGAGAACAGGCCAAGAUGAUGGUGGAUUUCUUCAACAUCCUGAAUGAAAUUGUAAUGAAGUUAGUAACCAUGAUCAUGUGGUAUUCCCCAUUGGGUAUUGCUUGCCUCAUUUGUGGAAAAAUCAUCGCAAUCAAGGACUUAGAAGUAGUUGCUAGACAACUUGGCAUGUACAUGGUCACUGUGAUUGUGGGUCUUGUCAUCCAUGGAGGGAUCUUCCUGCCUCUGCUCUACUUUGUGAUAACAAGGAAAAGCCCAUUUUCAUUCCUUGCUGGGAUUUUCCAGGCAUGGAUCACAGCACUAGGAACAGCUUCCAGUGCUGGAACAUUACCUGUGACAUUCCGGUGUCUUGAAGAAAAUCUCGGCAUUGAUAAGCGUGUAACAAGGUUCGUUCUUCCUGUUGGAGCAACUAUUAACAUGGAUGGAACUGCCCUUUAUGAAGCCGUGGCUGCCAUCUUCAUAGCACAGAUGAAUGGAAUUGACCUGGAUGGAGGCCAGAUAGUUACUGUGAGUUUGACUGCCACCCUUGCAAGUGUUGGAGCUGCCAGCAUUCCCAGCGCGGGACUUGUCACUAUGCUGCUGAUCCUGACUGCAGUGGGUCUCCCUACCCAGGACAUCAGUUUGCUUGUUGCUGUUGACUGGCUUUUGGACCGGAUGAGAACAUCAGUCAAUGUAGUGGGGGAUUCUUUUGGUGCUGGCAUUGUCUACCACCUUUCCAAGGCAGAACUUGACACCAUUGAUUCCCAUCAUAAAGGGCACGAAGACAUUGAAAUGACCAAGACUCAGUCAAUCUAUGACGACAUGAAAAAUCAUAGGGAAAACAACUCAAACCAAUGUGUUUUUGCAGCUCACAACUCAGUCAUGGUAGAUGAGUGCAAGGUAACACUGGCAACCAAUGGAAAAUCUGCAGACUUCAAUGUUGUUGAAGAAGAGCCUUGGAAACGGGAAAACUAAGUGAAGAGAUUCUUAGCUGCAUCCUUAAUAAGUCCUGAAGCUAUCUUGUGGCAGAAGAUACCAUGAUUAAAGAAGAUUUCUCUUUUUUUCUUUUUUUUUUUCCUAUUUAACAUCUACAGUUUCUGCUUAAUUUUGUAACUGAAACUUAGCAAAGAUCUCAUCAAGUCAUUGUAGUGUCUUCGCCAAGCAAUGAUCCAUAGCCAUCUGUCUCCCUUGUGUUACUGUUUGGAUGAUGCAUCUGGAGAAUGCUCCAUGCAGUGCAAUGUGCUCUCACCCACUUCCCCUUUCA